AUGAUGAAGCGGUGUGGUCUUGGUUUGCAUAAGAUCACUGCAGUGACUUUGCAGGGUUGGGGAAGUCCAAGCACAGGUGGAGGCGGUGGCUGGGGUGACGAUACCUCGACUUCUAAAGGAGGUUGGGGUGCGCCUCGACACGCUUCAGGCGGAGGCGGUGGCUGGGGUGACGAUGCCUCGACUUCUAAAGGAGGUUGGGGUGCGCCUCGACACGCUUCAGGCGGAGGCGGUGGCUGGGGUGACGAUGCCUCGACUUCUUCCAGAGGUGGUUGGGAUGGCACUAAGCAAUGGGAUGCUACUGACGCUGGCUGGAGAGGCGCUCCUACCGGCGCGAGGCAGUCCUCCGUCAGAGGCAACUUUCGUCGUGGACGUGGCCCUGGAUGGGGUCGUGAUGCAGCUGGCGGGGGACACGAUACUGCAGGUUGGGGAAGACCACAAGGAGUUGAUGAAGAUGCAUGGCAAGCUGCCCCACCUAGUUUUACACCACCUGUGCGUCGUGUUGAUCCACUAACUCUUACUGCUGUGGAAGUGGAAAUCGACGGCAUCAAGAAACUAGUGGGUCAGCGUGUGCAGGUAACUGGUUUGGGGGAUGGCACAUCAUGGCAGACCUUAAAAGAUCAUUUUCGUCAGGCGGGUGAGGUUACUUUCUGCAGACUUUUCUCGAACGGGCGUGCAAUGGUGGAAUUUAGUACACCUGAUGAUGCCGCGCGUGCAAUCACGGAAUUACAGGCUUCCGAGUUGGAAGGUGCUACAUUAUUUUUGCGGGAAGACCGUGAGGAUGUUGUGCUCAUGAACACACGCCGAAAAAUACGCGAUGCGCGUGAUGCACAGCUAAGGGAACGGAAAGAGGAAGCAGAACGACUCAGGAGAGAACAGGCGAUUGCAGAAGGAGACCGACCUUCUGAGUCUUUGGAUAGUGAAAGCAAUGUGUUAAAGGAAGCAAAGUCAUAG